GGUCUGCGCCGCUCUCUGCUUCUGAUUAGACUGAAGAAAGUGUUCACUUCAAAGCAAACCUUUAGUUCAAGUGAGCGAUGGAAAGUUAGUUCAUUAAUAUUGACUGUAGCGCUUUAUAUAACGAGUAUAAAGUAUCAAGAUAUUUAUGAGUUUGUGAUACAAACGACUUCAGUCCUCGACAGAAACUACUGGCUAGAGAGAGAUGAUUGAGAGAAACAGAUAGAGUUUGGGCUGAUUUUCCUUCAUUCUUCUCAUCUUAAAAAGAAGAGUCUGGAUCUCAGGAGUUUUUUCUGUUUGGACUCUAUUAUAAAGAUGGAGUUUAUUAAAGAAGAGACUGAAGAUGUGAAGAUUGAAGAAACGUUCAGAAUCAAAGAAGAAGACACUGAGGAACAAACAGACCUGCCGCUGAAAGAGGAGAGCACAGAACUGAAGGAAACGGGAGAGAAAAUACAACAUGAAGCUGAAUGUGAUUUUAAAGCUGAAGAAGAAUCUUUCAGUUGGCCACAGAUCAAAGAGACUUUCUCACUGCAAACGGCUCCUAAAACAGGAACUGAAAGUUACUUAACCCCUUCUCGGUGUGAAAAGAGUUUGGAUGAACACGGAAACCUUAAAGUCCACAUGAGGAUUCACGGGGGACAAAAAUGUACCUGCCGGCGGUGUGGGAAGAGUUUUGGUAGAAAAGAAGACCUCGAUGGCCACCUGAGAGUUCACCCUGAAGACGAGGCCCACACCUGCCCCGAGUGUGGAGUGAGCUUCGAUCUGCUCGUCAACCUUAAAGCCCACGCGAGAGUUCACGCUGAACAGAGUCCCUUCUCCUGCCAACAGUGCGGGAAAGCUGUUCCUUCAAAAGGAAACCUGUACAGGCACAUGAGAACUCACAUCGGAGAAAAGCCUUACGUCUGCCCCGAGUGCGGAAAGAGCUUCGAUCUCCACGGAAGCCUUAAAGUGCACCGGAGGAUUCACACCGGAGAGAAACCGUACUCUUGUCUUCAGUGUGGAAAGAGUUUCUAUAACCAGGGCAACCUUAAGGGGCACAUGAGUCUCCACACCGGAGAGAGUCCUUUCGUCUGCCAGCAGUGUGGAGUGAGCUUCAUCCACGAAGGAUUCCUCAGAAGACACAUGAGAAUUCACGCUGUGGAAAAGUGCGUGUGCCGUCAGUGCGGGAAGAGUUUCAACCGCAAAGGGGACCUUAACAAACACGUCAGGAUCCACACCGUAGAAAACUGCGCGUGCCGUCAGUGCGGGAAGAGCUUCAACCGGAAAGGAGACCUCAAGAGGCACGUGAGAAUUCACACGAGAGAAAAGUCCUACACGUGCCCUCAGUGCCAAGAGAGUUUCGAUCUUCACGGGAGCCUUCGAGCCCACAUGAGAGUUCACACCGGAGAGACUCUCUUCCCCUGCCAACAGUGUGGGAAAAGUUUCACUCAAAAAGGACACCUUAGCAGGCACAGGAAAAGACUCCACAGCGCAGGCUUGAUCGACACGUAAGGGUUGGCAGACUUGAACUGUGAUUGAACAUCAAGGUGCUCAGAAGUGAAGACCAGAGUCGCUCAUUACAUCCACGAUCGAACAACACGUCCUAGGUGAUAUUAUCGUGCUAAUCGGGAUCUAGCUAACUCAGGUUUUUUCUUCCCGAUGCGCCUGUUAAUGAUUAGUAUGGAUGUGGAUUGAAGUAUUGGAGAUAAUUACACCUUCAUUCAUUGGUUUAAAAGAGCCUUUUCAGAAUCGACAAAUGACAUACAGUAAAUGUGAUAAUAAAUGAAAUGCAUCCUCUUUGUGUAUCAUGAGAAGGCUGUAAAAUUUUUAUUUAAUGUAGUAAUUAGCAAUUACAUCUAUAUCUUACAGAUUACAGAUUUGUUACAUGACUAUGUUACAUUAAAGGGUCAAGAUUAUGUGAAAGCAUAAAAGCCAUUGUUCCUGGAUGCGUCCUGGCCAGGAUGUCUGUGUUGCCUAAAAUAUCUAGGUCAUCGGUUUCUUAUGUUUUCAAAACGCUCUCAAGAUGCUUUGAAUCAAAGUAAUACAGAAAUCCUCUCAAGGAUGUGUCCUGGAAAAAAUUGCACGUACAGUCAUCCUGGUCCAGAUCACGUUGAAUGUAGAUGAACCAUAGUGGAAGUACUUAUUAGACAUUUUUACAUGAAGCAGAGUAAUUUUACCGCAGUGCUUAAACUUACUAGAUUUGAUUUGUUUUUGACUUUUUAAUAUUUUUUUUUAUUUGGUUGAUUUAAUUCAGUUUGGUUCUAUCAAAUAGUUUUUACGUGCAGAUAUCGCUGUAUGUUUGUUGUCUUGGAUGUUUGGCUUUGUGCACGACUCUACUUUAUCAGUACAGCACGUUGUUAAAGACUAACACAAUUCUAAAGUAGUUUUUUAUGUCAAAUAUAUAUUUUUUAAUGAGUAAACCUGGCUGUGUGUAUUAAUGUAUUAUCUUAAAAUACAUAAUUUAUUAUUUAAAAUGAUUGUCUCUGGUUUACCAGGGUACUCUGGUAAUAAAGUAACCAUGGUUAAAAGACACAAAUGCGAUCAAAUCCUGUUUACUUGAAAAAAGCCCAAGCAGGUUCAAGCUCAUGGACCUGUUGCUAUCACAGAAGCUCCUGGAUGAGCUUCAAAGAACCGACCGAUCUAAGAUGAUGCCAAAUAGGCAACAGAAAUUCCUGCUAAUUGAAUUAGUGACGUAUGAAGUAUUGGCCCCAGGAGACUCUGAUGGAAAUGUAGCACCGUUACUUAAACAUGGAGCAUUUAAAAUGUCAGACUCAAAACCUGGGCUGUAUUUUGACAAACCUUAAAACUACGUAAUUUUUAGUUUCUUAAAAACUUAGUUAAGUAUACCUUCUACAAAUCUAAAGUAGAAAUUAAUUCAAUUGUUUUUAUGCAU